AUGAUUCACACUAGGUUCGCAUGGGUAACACUCGUUACCAAUGAUUCGUAUUCCCUUGGAGCUCUUGUUCUAGCCCAUGCAUUGAAACGAGUCAGGACUAAACAUGAUCUCGCUGUUCUUAUCACUCCAGGUGUUACAGCUGCUAUGAGGGAAAAAUUGACGGCAGUUUUUUCAUUAGUUAAAGAAGUAAAUGUUCUUGAUUCUCAAGACGAAGCAAACUUGGCACUUCUAGCGAGACCGGAAUUGGGAAUAACAUUUACCAAGUUACACUGUUGGAGAUUGACACAAUACGAAAAAUGUGUCUUUGUUGAUGCUGAUACACUUGUGAUCCGUAACUGUGAUGAGCUUUUUGAACGCGAAGAAUUAUCAGCAGCUCCAGAUGUGGGCUGGCCUGAUUGUUUUAACUCCGGUGUUUUUGUGUUCAAACCUUCGCAACAAACAUUCGCAUCAUUAACAGCUUUUGCGACUUCAAAAGGUUCAUUUGAUGGCGGCGACCAGGGUCUGUUGAAUCUUUACUUCAGUGAUUGGGCACAUAAAGAUAUUUCUAAACACUUACCUUUUAUCUACAACAUGUGCUCUACUGCUUCUUAUUCUUAUCUGCCGGCAUACAAACAAUUUGGAUCAGAAAUAAGAAUAAUUCAUUUCAUCGGUAGCACCAAACCGUGGUUGCAAUAUUUUGACACUCAAACAUCACUAGUGCACCCAUCUUCGGAUUCUCAACAUCUCCAGUCCCUUCUUCAGCUCUGGUGGAACAUCUUUUGCGAAGAUGUACAUCCACAAUUGUCACCAGUCAUGAUCACCAGCACUUUGGCACGACGUGAGCACAAUUUAUAUGUUUCCAUUUCUCCACCAUCUAGAAAUACCAUAUCUUCAAGAUCAAUUCACCAUGAGUAUCACACACCGACAGACUCAACAUACGACAAAGUUGACAAAAUUUUUGACACGGGCUUUUAUGAAUUCAAAGAUCCCUGGGAUAGUUACAUAGAACCGACUGUUGCUAAUAAUAGUAAUUAUUCUCUUAAUCACCCUUCCGAUAUUAAUGUCAAUACUAAUUCAAAUGACUCUGUUUUUGUUUGUGAGCAAAAUCAUGAAGAAUUUGAUAAAGAAUCGACGGAAAUUCCGCUUAAAAAUAGAACAAAUUUUCCAGAUUCGAUGGAUAGGCUAUGCGACACUGUAGAAAUCUCGAAUAAUAAUAAUUAUAAUAAUAACAACAGUAAUAAUGAAAAUACUAGUAUUGAAAAUAAUUACACGAUUGACAUAAAAAAUUUUAAUUGUUAUCAAAUUAUCGAUGAAAUUUUACGUACUGACAAUUUUGAUAAAAAAACGGACUUAUCGAUAAUUAACGACAACGAACAAGUGCAAUUAGCGAUAAAUAAUUCAAAUAAUAGCUCACCGGAUCAAACAAAGUGUAAUAUAAAUUUUAAUCGUGAAGAUCAGUCAAAUUUUGUAGAUAAAACAGAAAAUUUAGUUUUCCUACCUACUGAAGAUAACAAAUUUAACGGUCACGAUCAUGCUUAUAAAAAUAGUGUGAACAGUAAACCCCUUCCUGAACCCUAUGCAGAAUGUAAAAAUAAUGAAAAUGAGUCUCAGAUACAUUGCACUGUUGAAGUAGAAUCUAAAUGUGCUGGCAUUGCUGGAGCGCUGGCUAAAAUAACUUUAGGUGAAGCUAGGAGCCCGGAACAAGUUGCGUUGGAAGAACAUAUGAGGAGACAAAGCUGGGAACAAGGACAAAUAGAUUACAUGGGACGAGACAGUUUUGAUAAUAUUUGGAAGAAAAUAUGCACAACACUUUCUAUUGUGCCUGAAACACAAGAAAGUACACCGAAAGAAACCAUUGUUGCUGAUGUAAAAGAAAAAGUUUCUAAACCUCCAAUUAGAAAAACUCCGUCGACGGAAGACGAACCGGCAAAAGAAGUUAGCCAAGAUGUAGCAGGGGAAUGUCAUCUAAAAAAGAGCCCAGAAGAAAGCAAAAAGUCAUCCGAAAAAAGUAUCCAAGAAAUAUCAUCUCCAGCUGUUGAAACAUCUCAAGCUCCAAAUAAAAACGAACCUAUUUUGAGCGUUACUUCGGGAGCUCCACAACUGUGCAUUAAAGAAUCCGGCGAGACCUCCCGACAACCAUCUAAACAAGAACAAGAAGAAAAACUGGCAAUUGCACUAGGAUUUACAACAACCCCAAAGGAUUCAAAAGAUAAGCCUGAAGUAAAACUGGACGUUUCACCAAAAAAGUCAUCUGUUAGAACAGUUGCUGAUAGCCCAGUUCCAAUCCAAGUAGCAGAGUCUGUUUUGGAGGCCGACAUAAAAGAGUCUGUUUCCGAAGACAUAAAACCCGUGACUGAAGAAGCUAUCUCCUCGAUUUCAGCCCCUAUCCAAGAAUCGAUAUCGACUGUCGUUGAAACACCCCUGGAACCACCCCCACCUGCCCAAUCACCUUCUGUAGAAGCUUCGCCGUUGAUGCAGCCCAAUGGAAACGGCCUGGAUAUUGGUUUGCACUUUAUAAAUGCGCCUCCAAGAGCAAUAACACCAGUUUCUGCACCAGAACCUACUCCCGUAAGAAGACAAGCAUCAAUCCCUGAAACUGAAAGUAAAAAACCAACUGGAACUUGUAGUAGAAGUUUAGUAGGAACUUCAAGCUCCGAAAAGACUGAAGCUAUUGAAUCAGAAAGCUGCCAACUUACCUCAAAAGUGUCUUUAGCUGAAAACGUUGUACCUGAACAAGUGCCUAAAACUACAGAAGAAGUUGCACCAGAACCUAAAGUAGAAGAAGCUGAAACAGUAAUUGAAACCAAACAUUCAGAAGAUCCACAAACUAGCGCCAUUGUGCCUGAAGAACCAGCGGCUAAAGAACAACAGAGACCUUUACCGAAAGAAUUGGUAAUUCCGGGUACUCCGACAAUUAUUGAAGCGACCCCACCGACAAGCCCACCUCUUGAUGUUGCGGGUUGUUUGCCGGAACCUGUUAAGCCAGAGAAGGAAAAACCGGAGAAGAAAGUCAUUAGGAAAAUUGUAAAGAAGAGUUCGGAAGAAAAGUCGGAGGAAAGCGAAGCGGGGGAGGCUAAGAAGAUUACUAAGAAAGUUGUCAAAAAAGUGGUAAAAAAGGUUAAAGAUGCAGACGAUACAGGUGAAAGCAGCACUGCGGGGGAAAAACCUAAAAAGGUUGUUAAGGUCAUUAAGAAGACUACAAAAGUUCAAAAUUUAGAUGCCGAAGCGUCGGUUCCUGAUACGCCACCACCGGCCAGUUCCCAAACUCCCGUACCACCCAAGCGAAAAAUUAAGCCUGCGACUGCUAAAUCCUCCAAAAAAACUGAGCAAGACCCGGCUGCUACUCCGUGA